AUGGAGAAGCCCAUCAUGGUUAUCGGAACGAGCGCGCCACGCCGCCGCGAGAUUGCACAGCGUCAUUUUGGUGCCGCCUACGACCUAGUGUACCUGUCACCUGCUAUAGACGAGAAACAAAUCCGCGAUUCGGACCCCUUUGCCCUGACGUCUGCAAUCGCGCAGGCAAAGAUGGAGGAGCUACGAGCUAAGGUGGCGCGUGACACUGCGUUGGCGCACCGUAUCGCUCACCGACCGGGCAGCGUCGCCGUCACCUUUGACCAGGUCGUCGACUACCACGGCGAGAUUCGUGAGAAGCCCGAGUCGCAAGAGCAAGCCGUAGCCUUUAUAAAGUCGUACUCAAACGACAAUCUGGCCACUGUCAUGACGACCGUCUUGUACGACUUUGGGACUGGGAAGCAAGCGUCCAUGCCCAACACAACCCUCACAUUUUACGGCGAGAUCUCGGACGAGACCGUUGCGCACGUUGUCGAGCGCGGCACUUGCCUGCACACCGCAGGCGGCUUUGUGGUGGAGGAUGCUGACAUGAAACGUUGCGAGGUUAAGAUAGACCCUGGCACUGAGGAGGAGGUGUGCGGCUUUUGCGAGAACUCUGUCCGCGCUCUACUGGCGGACGUCCAGAGAUCGUAG